GAAGUGCUGUGACGUCAGGCGCGUUGAAGGCAUGGCUCAGGAAUUCACCGCAAGAAAAUCCUGCUCGACCUGAUCGACGAUCAUCUCCCAUUGAUCCAGCCCCGCCGGGUCCCGUCACACACAGACACACACUCCGGGCCGAGCAGGUGCUUUGUUGUGAGUCCCUCUUACUUUCCGUGGCUCCUCUCUCUCUCUCUCAGUAGGAAGUUAACUUUGAAUUGGAAGAUGUCCGCGGAGAGCAUUUUACCCGACGAGGCGAUGUUCGCUGACUUCAGGCUGCAGUGCCUCUCCACCGACAGCUGCUGGCUGAAGAAGUACGACAACAACAGCGACAUGCAGGUGUGGGUGGAAAAUCCAUCGGCCAAGAAGGGAAACAACGUCCCAAAGAACCACAGGAUCAAGUGCAAGAUGACCAUCAGGGACGUGUCCGCCGCCGACAUGUACGACGUCCUCCAGGACGGCCAGUACCGCAAGAAGUGGGACCCCACCAUGCUGGAGAGCCGCGACAUCGCCCGGCUCUCUGCUAACGCUGAUAUGGGCUACUUCGCAUGGCUCUGUCCAAAGCCUCUAAAGAACCGAGAUGUGGUGACGCUGCGUUCGUGGCAGGUGAAGGAUGAAGAGUACAUGAUCGUUAACUUCUCAGUCAAGCACCCGAAAUACCCCCCGCGCAGCGACCUCGUCAGGGCCAUCUCCAUCCUCACCGGCUAUUACAUCAAGCCCAUAGGACCCAGCAGCUGUGCCUUCAUAUACCUUUCACAAGCCGACCCCAAAGGUUCUCUUCCAAAGUGGGUGGUGAACAAAGCGUCUCAAGUCUUGGCUCCGCGGGUGAUGAAGUGUUUGCACAAGGCGGGAAAGAACUACCCCGAGUGGAAGCAGCAGAACUCCCCCGACCAGAAGCCCUGGCUGUACCCGGAGCAGAACACGCUGCCCAUGAUGGACCCCGCCGAGCUGUCGAUACAGCGAGCCGACUCGCUGGAGAACGUGGACGAGAGCUCCAAGGUGGACGCACAGGACAGCGAGGACAGUAGUUAAAUUGAAGGGACGGGAGGAGAGAGAGGAGGAUGGACUGAUUAUCCUCGCGAAAACAAAAAGACUUGAGACCUCCUACUGUGUGACUUCGCCCUAAUCCUCCAGUUUUUCCACAUCAGAGUGCCUUGUGGGAUGAGCAUGAAGUACAAAGUGUUUACAGCUGUCUUAACAGUAGGAAGUGAGGACAGAUCAAGUGGCCAAUCACCUCGGUCUAUGUUGAACUAAGCUAAACACGUGUCCAGUGUUGGCCUUACAGCAGGUGUUACAGGUGUUGGGCUUUGAAUGUUGGCCUGGUGGAAGCUUUACUUAUACAGUGGCGACUCCGUAACAUGUGCACUAACCCAUUUUAAAAUGUUGGAAAAUUGAGUUACCUUUAAUGAGGGACUAAAAAGAGGUAAGAUGAAGAACUGCCAUCGGUGAAAGUGAAGUUAAAUACCAAAAUUUAUAACGCAACAAUUGUUUAUCAUAGACUAUUUACCCAACCUUUUAAUUCAAAGUCAACAAAAUUUUACAAUAUAAUAGUCCCUUUUUUAUUUAGUUAAAUUUCAUUAUUAUUAUUGUUCGUUGCCUAUUUAAACCGGCUUCAUGAUAAUAAGAUUACAUGAAACGUGCUGUUUGUGCAGCAGCUCAGAGCAUCGACUGUGAAUCAGAACAAUUUGCCUUGGGGGAGGGGGGG